AUGUCACAGUAUGUUUCAGCUCACGUGGACCCCCAAGGCCCGGGAGAUGCCCGUCCAACCGCCCUCCAAAUCAUCGAAGAUGAAGGCAUGAAAGGCAAGCUCUCAAGCAAAGUAGCCGUCAUCACCGGUGUCUCAUCUGGCAUUGGUACCGAGACAGUUCGCGCUCUCGCAACCACUGGAGCAACUCUAUACUUGACAACAAGGAACCUAGCCAAAGCGAGAAAUGCCCUGGCUGAUAUCAUCGAUCCGACCCAAAUGGAGCUUAUUGAGAUGGAUCAGCGCUCCCUUGAAAGUGUUCGAAAAGCAGCCAAUGUCAUCCUUUCUAAGACCGAUAAGGUGAACAUCCUGAUCAACAAUGCCGGCAUCAUGGCCGUCCCUGACCUCCAGUUCACGAAUGAUGGCUUUGAGCUGCAGUUCGGAACAAAUCACCUAUCUCACUUCUUCUUAUUUCAAAUGCUCAAGCCGGCACUGUUGGCUGCUGCCUCGCCGGAGUUCCGGUCUCGGGUUGUCAUUGUGGCAUCGGCAGGACACAAGCUGUGUGGUAUCAACGCCUCUGACAACUACCACUUCCAAAAUGGCGGAUAUGAGGCUUGGACUGCGUAUAGUCAGUCGAAGACGGCGAAUAUCUACACGGCCAAUGAGAUCGAACGCCGUUAUGGAUCGAGUGGGAUCCAUGCCCUGAGUCUGAAUCCUGGGUUCAUUGCUACUGGUUUGGGACAGUUUCUUUCUGCCGAGCAGAUUGAUCAAUUGCUACGAAUCAAGGAUAUGACGAAGAUCAUGAAAAGCAUCGAGCAAGGUGCCGCGACGACUGUACUAGCUGCCAUUGGGAAGGAAUGGGAGGGGAAAGGUGGAAAGUAUCUCUCUGGUUGUGCUGAGGCGGAGCGAGCCACGGAUGAUGAUGAUCCCAGUAACGAGGUCUAUGUGAGCCACACUUACAGCCCCGAGAAUGAGGCCAGACUGUGGAAGGAUUCGUUGGAGAUGGUUGGCUUGUCAGCUGAGUGA